AACUCCUGCGUGUCGCACUCACACGCCAAAGAAAAUUGUGUGCACGUGUGUCACUAUCUCAGUGCGCAUUUUUCAGAUAGCGCCUCACAUCAUCUGUUUGCAGGACAUUCCUCGUUCGUUUGACAGCAACGAGUCUGAGUGUGUCACCAGCGGACGUCAAAGGGGGUGCGAACUUGACGGCUUUCCCCCAUCCAAAACGGUGUUACCAGAUAGUGACCGGCGCAAGAGCAACAGAUUGCGCGAGAGGCUCGGAGCUUCAGGGUCCAUCUCGCAUCACGUCAGGAUGUUCAUGCAUUUGGAGGUUUGCUUCUACAUUUUCAUCCUGCUGGCGCACAUGAGGUCCUACUGCUGUUGGUCAGUGAAUAAUUUCUUGAUGACUGGACCCAAGAGACGUGUGAGGCUGUGUGGUCUGUACGAGUGUCCGGAAGUGAGCGGUGAUGGACAACGGCACUGCUCACUUUGUUUAACUGAAGGGUGGCAACGGUGGCUCUCCUGCCUCCAGGCCAAGGCAGCAUACCUGAUUUAUUCCAGCAGUGUGGCGGCGGGCGCCCAGAGUGGCAUCGAGGAGUGCAAGUACCAGUUUGCGUGGGACCGCUGGAAUUGCCCCGAGAGAGCGCUGCAGCUGUCCACACACAGUGGCCUGCGCAGUGCAAAUCGGGAGACAGCGUUUGUGCAUGCCAUCAGCUCUGCAGGCGUCAUGUACACGCUGACUCGCAACUGCAGUAUGGGGGAUUUCGACAAUUGUGGCUGCGAUGACAGCCGCAAUGGACAACGAGGUGGUCACGGUUGGCUGUGGGGAGGCUGCAGCGACAAUGUGGGCUUCGCCGAGGCCAUCGCUAAACAGUUUGUGGACGCUCUGGAGACGGGUCAGGAUGCCCGAGCGGCCAUGAAUCUUCACAACAACGAAGCUGGCAGAAAGGCGGUGAAGGGGACCAUGCAGAAGACAUGCAAAUGCCAUGGGGUGUCGGGGAGCUGCACCACGCAGACCUGCUGGCUGCAGCUGCCCGAAUUCAGGGAGGUGGGCAACUACCUGAAAGAGAAAUACCACAGAGCACUAAAGGUGGACCUCCUCCGCGGGGGAGGAAACAGCGCGGCCAGCCGGGGGGCGGUGGCUGAGACCUUCAGCUCCAUCUCCCGCAAGGAGCUAGUCCACUUGGAAGACUCGCCCGACUACUGCCUGGAGAACCGCACUUUGGGCUUGCCGGGCACUGAAGGCCGUGAGUGCCUGAAAAAGGGCAAGAACUUGAGCAAGUGGGAGAAACGCAGCUGCAAGAGGCUGUGUGCCGAGUGCGGCCUUGCCGUGGAGGAGCGCAAGGCUGAGACGGUGUCCAGUUGUAAUUGUAAAUUCCACUGGUGCUGCGCGGUUAAAUGUGAACAAUGCAGGAAGACUUUGACCAAGUUUUUCUGCGUCAAGCGAAGAGGCGCCAGAGGGAGGAAUGAGAGCGCUGUUGGACGACGCAAGACCCUCAAGCCUGGCAAGAAGCACUGAGCAACCCCUGGAGUACUUUGGGUCAUCGAGAUGAAGUCAGAGAAACGAGUUGUAAUUUUCCAGAAAAAAAGACAAGUCAAAUCUGUGAAAAGUAAGUCCAAUUCUGGCUUGUUUGGGGGUGGGGGUGGGAGGUAGGCUCAACCUAACCUGCCCUGGGGAAGAAAUGGAUUGAAGAAAAUGGUGGCUUACUUUAGAUUUUAAGGAAGGAUGGAACCAGGUGUUUAUCUGGUAAUUUCGCUGGAAAUGUAAUUUAUAAACACGGAAAAAUGCUAAACAAUUCUUCCUGUGGGAACAACUUUGAACUGGUUCACAGCCAUUGACGAGUAUCAAUUUUUCAACUACGAUGGGUAGGAGAAGAUAAGAUUUUUCCCCAUGUUUCUCUCGGUUGUUCAUUUUUAUGCAGCCGAUAUUCAGGUUAACACUAGAAAACCCAGCAGAGGCUGACUCGGCUUUUCCCAUGACAAAUACUCCUAAUAUUCCCAAGCAAUGGCCGAUUUGGCCUCUCCUCCGAAAAAAACCCAAAAGUGCUUUUGAACUAGCAAGUCGUUGUCCGACAGACAGCAACCAUUCAUAUUCACAAAUGCAACCACUAGACAUACAUCGUGUUGGUAUGCGGCCCAAACAUUUGUGUCAGUUCAAGUAAAGCUACAUUUAUUUAAUUACAUUUAUUUAUGACGUUUGACACAUUUUUACACAUUUAAACACAGUUCUCUUAUACUCCACACAGAAGGACAGAAAAAAAUGGCCCA